AUGGCUUUUAGAAGAAAUAUGACAUUAGAAGAAGCUCAUAAUGCUAGAAGAGAUAGACAGAUUGAAGAUCUACAAGUAACACUUGGUAAAGUUAUUAAUCUAUUAGAAGAUGGUGGUUUAAGAUUAAAUAGAGAACGUGUUGUAGAUGAAAGAGAUGAUGGGUCUCAAGAAAAGAUAGAGUUGCAGCCCAUCUGGACGUACGAAGAAGCUUGCAAGUUGGCUCUCCAGAUUGAGAAGCAACCGAAGAAGAAAGUCCAGUACAAACCUUUCACUAAGGUUUCAUCCAGUUCCAAUGAACCAGUUCUGAAGCCCAGUGCAACAGGUCCACAGUCCUUCAGAGGCAAGGAGGAAGAAACUGGAGGAUCAAAAGAGCUAUGCCCCAACCAGCGAGCACUCACUGCUAAGGAGAUUGAAAGCUUACCAGAUGUUGACACUGAAGAAGGUGAACCAGUGUACGAUGAUGAUGAAAGUGAAGAAACAUAUGUUGGAGAAAUGCCGGUAGUCAGAAGAGUGAUGCAUGCUAAUGAAGUUCUAACUGAUACUGCCCAGAGAGAAAAUAUCUUCCAUUCUAGAUGUACUGUUAAAUACAAGGUAUGUGAUCUGAUCAUUGAUGGUGGAAGUUGUGCUAAUGCUGCUUUAACUUACAUGGUAGAAAAACUGGAGUUACCUACUACAAAACACCCUCGUCCAUGCAAGUUGCAAUGGCUCAGUGAAGGAUCUGAGGUAAAUGUCAAUCGACAAGUUACUAUUCCUUUUUCCAUUGGAUCUGUUUAUGAAGAUAAAAUUAUUUGUGAUGUUGUUCCAAUGGAUGCUUGUCAUAUUUUGUUGGGUAGACCAUGGUUAUUUGACAAUUAUGUAUUUCAUAAUGGUCGUGCAAAUUCUUAUUCAUUGUUUGUAAGUGGUAAGAAGGUCACUCUGACUUCUCUGAAACCCAACGAGUCACUGAAAGUUAAUAAGAUAGACCAACCCAGCAAGUCUUUAUUUAUGUCCCAAACUAAAGUUGAGGAAGAGUUAACUGGAGGAUCUCCAGUUAUGAUGUUACUUGUGCUUGAACGUACUGAAGACAAGGAGUUCACUGGAGUCCCCAGUGUCCUGAAGUCUCUACUGGAGGAAUUCACUGAUGUUUUCCCAGAAACUUACCUGAAGGUUUGCCGCCAGUUAGAGAUUCGAAUGAAAGAUGGAGAUGAGUGGAAGACUGCUUUUAAAAUUAAAGGAGGCCUUUAUGAAUGGUUAGUAAUGUCUUUUGGUUUAUCUAAUGUUCCCAGUACUUUUAUGAGGUUAAUGAAUGAAGUUCUCAGACCACUUAUUGGUCAGUUUAUUGUUGUCGUUUACUUUGAUGAUAUUCUUGUAUAUUCGAAAUCUGAAGCUGAACAUGUUAAUCAUUUAAGAAGUGUAUUUGAAUUACUGAGAAAAUACCAGUUGUAUGGCAAACUGGAGAAAUGUGAUUUUAUGGUUGAAAGUGUAAUUUUCCUUGGUUAUGGGGUGUCAAAAAAAGGUAUUUCCAUGGAUCCUUCCAAGGUAGAAGCCAUCAGAUCAUGGCCAGUUCAUACUACCAUCACUGAAGUACAAAUUUUUCAUGGACUGACAUCUUUUUAUAGAAGAUUUAUCAAGAAUUUUUCGACAGUUGUGGCUCCAAUUACUGAUUGUCUGAAGAAAGCAUUAGACAAAGAAUUUUAUGCCAUGAUUUGUGCUAUCACUCACUGGUCACAUUAUCUGAAGCCUAAACAGUUUUUCUUAUUUUCUGAUCAUGAAGCACUAAAGUUUAUUAAUGGUCAACACAAGCUUAAUGCCGGACAUGCAAAAUGGGUGGAAUUUUUGCAGUCUUAUUCGUUUGUUUCUAAACAUAAAGCUGGAGUAGCAAAUGUUGUUGCUGAUGCACUUUCUAGAAGAUACUCGUUGCUAUCAAUUCUGGAAGCAAGAGUUCUUGGAUUUUCUUUCAUUAAGGAGUUGUAUGCUGCUGAUCCAUACUUUUCUGAUUGUCUCAUUGAAGCUCACCAGAAAGGACCAUAUGUUGUUCAGGAUGAUUUCUUGUUUAAAAAUGGUAAGUUGUGUAUUCCAAGAGGUUCCAUCAGAGAUUUACUAAUAAGGGAGGCACAUGGAGGAGGUUUGGCUGGCCAUUUUGGCAUUAACAAGACUAGAGAGAUCCUCACUGAACACUUCUACUGGUCGAGUUUACUGAAGGAUGUUUAG